AUGAAGAGAAGGCAAUAUUUCGGAUUCAACAACCCGUUGUAUGCUCUGGCCCCAAGAUUUGAUUUCGGACCUGAAGGCUUGAUCAUGGGUAAUCUUGUGAAAGAUCCUAAAGCACCACACUUGGCGUUAACCACAGUUACCCCAGCUGAGCUAGAUAAGAAGUAUCCACCAAUUCGGGCAAUUGCACGCCGUCGCCUCCAGACGUGUGACAGUCCGCAAUUGCGAAUAGAGUUGGAACGUUCUCUGGCGAGGUUCUCAAGUCAAUGGUCUUGCGGGCAUCACAAGGAAGAAAUUCAGUCCCGUAUCCAGGAUCCCGCUGUUCAAGAUGUUUUGAGACAGCAGGAGUUCUGCGGUUUUGGCCUUCGGAGGUUGUACAUGGUUGUUGGCAUGCAGAUCGCGACUCAGUACUCCGUCUCAAGCCAUUUCGGUCGUGGUGAAGAUGGUCAGAUAGGCCAGGAUCACUCUUUUUUAUUUGAACAAUCUGAGCCCAGGAUUCUCAGCUACCGCCUGGUUGAGAUUCAGAUCAAUCAAGCGGGAGACAUUGAUCUCUCUGAUUAUUCUCCUGACUCUUCGUGUUCGUGUGCCGCUAUUUAUCUGGGUGAUGAAUUGCUUAAGAUUAUGCUAGAGCGGGCAAUGAAGUCAGCGGGAAGUCUGAAGCUUAAUGAGCAUGAGCAAAACCCUCCCAACAUGCAAUAA